AAUUCUACCGACCUACUGUAGCUUCGCUUGCUGUGCUGGUUAGCGAAUCCCUGAACCGCAUCCUCCAGAUCCGUCAAGAAAAGGGAAGAGAUGUUUGUUUGAUUGCAUAUUGUCUUGAUUGUGAAAUGUGUUGAGAAGAGGAUGUUUAGAAGUGAAGACCGAUACUUGUAGUUUGCAACAAUGAUGGGCUUCUCUUAUGAAAAACGGGCCCUUAAGAGGCCCCGUUUGGGUCCACCUGAUGUAUAUCCCCAAGAAGCAAAGCAGAAAGAGGAUGAAUUGACAACAGUGAAUGUAAAACAUGGUUUUACAUUGCCUCAGCUUAGUGAUGAAUUUGGGUCUGCAAAGAAUUGCAAUGUUACUCCUGCAAAGGUUGGUCAGUAUUUUAAUGGAAUAUUGAAUAAAAAAGAGGAAUUAAAUACUUUGCCUGACACUGGGAGGAAACGCCAACAAAUCAACACAAAGGACAAUUUCUGGCCUGCCACUGCAAGAUCAAAGAAUGCAAUUGAGGCUUGGUUUAAGGAUCUUGCCGGAAGUAAACCUUUGAUUGUUUUAGCAAAAAGGGCUCCUAAUUUUAACAAGAAGGAAGAAAUUUUUAUGAUGCUUUGUGAGUACCAAGUGCCUAUGCUUCGUGCAGCUUGGUUUAUAAAACUUAGUUAUGCCUACACUGUUGCUGUAUCAGAAGUUAAAAUCAAAAAACGCCAGUUACCUGAUCCAUCUCAAGAGUGGACCCAAACCCUGAACAAAUUUCUGAAGGAUCAAUUGGGGAAGCUGCAAGAUUAUUAUCAUCACAGUAACAGUGGAGGUGGCAGCAGUACUGCUGGAUCAACACCAGGUGGCAGCUCGCAUGGGGGAGCUGUGCCUUCACCGGCCUCACAAACUGGUCAAGGCAAUUCUUCCUUGAAUUCCUCACUGCCAGCAAUGACUGAAGAACAAAAGUUGGCUCAGAAGCAAUGGACAUAUUGCAUUCAAUUGGCCAAGUACCUGUAUGAGGAAGGGUUGCUGGAACGGCAAGAGUUCCUACAAUGGGUACUUGAGCAGUUGGACCGAAUGCGAUCUGCUCCAGCUGAUGAUGGAAUUCUGCGUCUGUUGCUGCCUCUGGCUCUGCAGUAUCUUGAUGAAUUUGUGCAGUCUGAAUUGCUGGCACGGAAGUUGGCAUACUUGUGUGCUCGCAAAUUGGCUCAGUUGUGCCAGGUUGCGCAAGAAGGAGCGGCUGCUGCUGCAGCUGCUGGUGCCGUUGGGUCUGGUGCUGUGCCGUCACCCAGCUGCAUGCUCCCUGCUGCCUCUCCUCAGAGCCCUCUGUUGCCUGGCACAGCAUCUGUCAGCUUCAAUUUCAAGGAAUGUUUAGCGCAUGCAUCUUUGUUCAAAGUCCCUAAAGAAUGGAUGUCUGUGCACCCAUAUCACUCUGUUCUGACAGCAGCUCAGAAUCAGGUGGCCCUAAAUCCACUGGCAGUGACAUUCAACGAGUAUUUGACAUGUCCUCAUCAUCGAGAUAUCGUUCUGGCACUCAGUGCAGUUCUUCAGGUUAUUACUAUGGAGUGCCCCACAGCUCUUGUGUGGAACUGUGUGGGUGAAGGCAAAUCAUCGUCUGUGUUGAAUGGAUCUCCACUUGAUCAUUUACCUUGUGCUCCUUCUACACUUCCUAUGCCCCAGCGAGCUAACAACCCUCAAAUUAGGAAACAACUGAGAAUUGCAGAAGAACAUAUUCGACAACGAAGCCGUGCAGCUGAAGGGCGCUGGUCUUGUGAUAAAUGGCAACAGUCAUCUGCCGGUGCAACUACUGCCAAAGUACUGACAGCACUGGAUGCUCUGGAUCGUCAUAGCUUCGAACGAAUGGAUGCUUCAAAUUCUUUAGACACUCUCUAUGCAAAAAUCUUUGCACCUCCUGGUACUAAGGACACUAACUCAACAACAGGGGGCAGUUCAGGAGGCAAUGGAGGUGGCAAUGGGAGCAGUGGUGGAGGUGGAAGCACUCCCAACCCUGCCACUCCUGCUGGUCCUUCCACUCCAGGAGAAGCUCACUCUGGCACAGGAUGAAGCUGUAGUGCAAACACUAUGUGAGUGGGCUGUAAGUGGUGCUCGUAGUGGCGAACACAGGGCAAUGGCUGUUGCCAAACUCCUGGAAAAACGCCAGACAGAUCUAACAUCUGGUGAUGCUGAUGGAGCAGAUGAGAAAGAUUCAGUUUCCUCUGCAGCUGGAGCACCCACUGGUUUGCCGGUGUUCCAGCCACUUCUUAUGCGUUUUUUAGACAAUGAUGCCCCAGUUCUGGAUGAAAAUUCUACUCCUCAACAGAGGACUGUUUUCACCAACUUAGUUCAUUUAUUUGCGGAACUGAUUCGGCAUGAUAUUUUUUCCCAUGAUGUGUACAUGUGCACUUUAAUUUCACGAGGAGAUCUGAACACCGGAGGACCAACAGGAGCUGCCCAUCCUCCUUCAACUCCCCACCCUUCGAGCAACAAGCCUGCAACUCCCGCAGAAACGAGGGGAGCUGCUAACCCUCCAGGUUUGCAGGAUGAUGAUGGAUCGCUUUUUUCAGGGAUUGAUCUCAAACCUACGAAGUUGGAGCUGCAGGAUCAUGCACGGAAUACUGAUUAUGAUGACAGCAAGAUUGAUGAUGAUUUAGAUAAACUAUUGCAACAUAUCAAAGAAGAGCAACAGAAUUCCUUGGAUGCUCCUGAUUCUCCUAAAGAUGAUGGAGUUGGACCUCCGGGUUCUUUUGUGGGUCCUCCCAUGUCAACAGUAACGUCUAUGGAAACAGAUAUAGGUAAUGGGAGCACAGGAGGAAUGGAGACUCGUUCUCGCCAUCUACUGUACACAACACAUUUUCCUUUGCCUCAGGAUGAACCUUGCAGUAUGCAUGACUGCAACCAGCGACAUGUUUUGUUGUAUGGAGUGGGGCGGGUCAGGGAUGAGGCACGCCAUACUGUCAAAAAGAUGACAAAAGAAAUAUGCAAAUUGUUCAGCAAGAAGUUCAGCAUUGAUGUGGCAGAAGGAGGCAAAGUGAAAAAACAUUCACGUGGAGAAUUUAAUUUUGAAGCAACUACAGCUAAAGUGCAAAGUUUGUCAUAUUUUGAUCAACAUGUUGUAACGUGGCAAUGUGCUGUUACAGUCAUUGAAAUGUUGAGUUCAUUUGCCAGUGGGAAUCCCAAUUAUUUACCAGUUCAGGAACAUGUAGCCUUUCUCUUUGACUUAAUGGAAUUGGCACUAAGUAUCUAUGGCUUGAUUGAUUUUUGCAUUCAGAUCCUGAAAGAGCUUCCUGAAGUAGAGGCCCAACUUUUGGCUAAGGGCUCUAAUCUGGUGCGCUGCUAUACAUCGACACUUUGCUUGUAUGUUGUGGGUGUGCUGCGACGAUAUCAUUGUUGUCUUCUUUUAUCGCCUGAUCAGACUGUAGCUGUCUUUGAAGGUCUUUGCCGUAUUGUAAAGCAUGUAAGCAAUCCAGGAGAUUGUUCAUCUGCGGAAAGAUGUGUAUUGGCUCAUCUUUUUGACUUGUUCUCAACGUGCAGCUUACUUAAAUCAAAACCGCAUUGUGUUGAACCAUUCAGCAAUGCAUAUCCAAAGAUUCGACAAGCACUGUACUCUUCCUUACAACCUUCAACUUCAAAUCAUGUCUGCAAUGCACAGUUCAUGCAAGAGGUUCUCAGUAACCCUAAACGUGGAGGUAAAGUGGAAUCUCAGUGGGCUCGUCAACUUGCAGAAACUCCCAGCAAUCGCUACAGCUUUGUGUGCAAUGCUGUAGUUGCUGUUUGUAAUGAGACUGAUAAUGACAGAUUAAAUGAUCUCGCUAUUUUGUGUGCUGAGCUCACCGCAUGCUGCAAUGCUCUUUCUGCAGAGUGGUUGGGUGUACUAAUGGCAUUGUGUUGUUCUUCCAACCAUUCAUCUCACUUUAUUGAUGUACUGGCUCAGGUUGAUGUGCAUGAUCUGUCUAUUCACAACUCUUUGGCUGUCUUCACUUCCAUUCUUAUUGCAAGACAUUGUUUUUCUUUGGAAGAUUUUGUGGGACAUAUAGCUUUACCAUCAUUGUUAAAAACCUGUAAAGAAGGACGAGGGGACACUGAUUUGGAAGCAGAGGCCGGGGCAAGGCUCACAUGCCACCUGCUCCUGAGGCUCUUCAAAACCGUGGAGUACCCUCAGCCGGCACUCUACUCCAUGAGUGCCUCCCCUCAUCCGAUGCCUGGGGGCACGGCAGCACCUAUCGGCUACAGCAUCAAGCUCAGCUGUGACCGGCAUCUGCUGGCGGCUGCUCAUAACAACAUCCGUGUAGGGCCUGUGCUUGCUGUGCUCAAGGCGAUCCUGGUGGUGGGCGACGCGACGGCGCGCGACUCCAAGGCCGCCCUGGGCAAGAUCAAGACGGAGCCCGGCACGGGCAGCACGGGCACCGGGGCGGUGGCGGCGGCGGCGGCGGCCGCGGCGGCCAACGCGGGCUCCAAGACGCCGUCGUCGGGCGCGCCCGAGCUCAGUAUCAGCCACAUCCUCGGCACCUCCGACAUGCUCGGCGCCGGCGACGACCCCUUGGGCUUCGGGGCGCUGACAGGAGCAGGAGGAUCUACAGGACCAGCUUCUGGCCUUACAGACGCCCGAGCUGUGGGGUUGUCAGAAUUCGCUCAGCAUGUUCUUCGGCAGAUUUGCAGUCAAGAAUGGGUGUUGGAACGAUGCUUGCAGAACCCAGAGGAAUUGUGUGAUCAGGACAUGCUACUUGACAAUAUGCUCACUCCCAAGCAGGCCCAAAGACUGCUGCAUAUGAUUUGCUAUCCAGAACAGCCCGCACUCACAGACGAGAUGUUGGAUCAGAAAGUAAUAAUCACUCGCAUUUUAGAGAAUCUGGAUCAAUGGACAUUGCGAAUGAGCUGGUUGGAUCUGCAGCUCAUGUUCAAGCAGUUCCCUUCAGGUUCAACAGAGCUCAGUCAGUGGCUAGAUUGUGUUGCCAAGGCAGCAAUUGAUGUUUUCCAACUAACAGGCAUGCCAACUGAAUCCUCUGUGUCCAUUAAAGAAGAGCGUGGAUCAAAUUCUUGUGGAGGUAGUCGAGCUCUAAUAGUUUCCCCUCCAAGACCCGUUCGACCUGGCUCUAUCUGGCUUGUAGCUCCACUUGUUUCUAAAUUGCCGAGUGCAGUACAGGGAAGAGUGUUGAAGGUGGCAGGCCAGGUGCUGGAGAGUGGAAAUUGGUCAUCCAAGAACCGUGAGCGCGAUCGUGAACGUAGUGGUGAUCGUGAACGAGGUGGUGGAGGAAGUUGUGGAGGCGGCUCUGGUGGCAAUUCAACAGGCACUGCAGUAACUGGUGGUGGUGUAACACAGCGUACAUCCUCCCUCCUGAGCCACCAGCCUUUCUUAUCAUUGGUGCUCACUUGCCUCAAAGGGCAAGAUGAACAGCGGGAGGGCCUACUUACCUCACUACAUUCCCAAUUGAGCCAGUCCAAAGAUGAACGGUCUGCUUGGCUGGAUGAUGUCAAAGGUCGUGCCUUGAUGCAAAGUGCACUGCAACUACGUUUCAGCCUGGUGGGAGGUAUGUUUGAUACUAUUCAGAGGAACACAACUGCUACUACGGAUUGGGCAAUAUUACUUGUUCAACUUAUUAGUUAUGGAGUAAUUGAUCUCAACAAUAACAGUGAACUCUUCACUACUGCCAUCGAUAUGCUAGGUACCCUUAUUCACUCCACUUUAGUAUCUGAUUCACAGUCAGAGAAAGAAGAAAAUCGAAAACAUUAUCAGAAUCUCAUGAAAAAGUUGAAAAAGGAACUUGGGGAUAAAUCUUCUCCAUCCAUCCAGCAUGUGCGUCAGUUGUUGCCUCUUCCUAAAUUGACUGCUGAGGUUGUAGCUUGUGAACCCAUGGGAUGCCUUACUGACACCAAAGGCAACAAAAUCACAGGUUUUGACUCCAUUGAUAAGAAACAAGGCCUCCAGGUGGCUGAGAAGCAGCGGGUAAACCCUUGGGACCUUCUGGAGGGACAUCGCAACCCGGCACCCCUCUCUUGGGCCUGGUUUGGGGCUGUACGCAUGGAGCGCAAGCCUUUGUGGUAUGAAGAUACCCACCGACUUUUGCGUUAUCAUACUCACAACCUCACCAAGCCAGCCAGCUACUACUUGGAUCCGCCACCAUUGCCUCCUGAGGAUCUUGAGCCUCCACAGGAGAAGCCAUUGAAGGACGACUCGAAAGCGGACACGCCCAACUCCUCGGAUCAGUCGCCUCGUGGCCCGGGCUCAAAGCGCGCCAAGAGCCAGCGCCGUCGCAAGCCGAAGCCCACAGCAGGCACACCCAGUGCCAUGCCUGGCACACCGGGUGGUCCACCCAACCCAGGCACGCAACCGGUCAUGGGUGCCAUGGCCCAAGCCAUGCAGCCCCAGCCUAAUGUUCAGCACAUGAACUACCCAACUGGAAUGUUCCCUCAGCAGCCGCAGUGGGCGUACAACCAGCAGCAACAACAGCAGCAACACCAACAACAACAGCAACAGCAACAGCAGCAACAACAGCAACAACAACAGCAGCAACAGCAACAACAGCAACAGCAGCAGCAGCAACAACAACAGCAGCAACAGCAGCAGCAACAACAGCAACAACAACAGCAGCAGCAGCAACAGCAGCAGCAGCAGCAACAGCAAAAUUAUUAUUCACAGCAGCUACCUCCAGUAGGUGGUCCACGUUUCAUAGAACGAGCGCCCAUCAACCAGACAUCAAAGCAGGCGAUCUCCCACAUGCUGCGACUGCGGCUGCCGUCAGCCUCUGGCCAGUACAUGGGCCAGCAACCUGGCUUUCCCCAGGCCAUGCCUCAGCGCCAACAGCCAUUCAUUAGACAUGUACGUGGGGCCCAACAUGCUCCUGGAAUGCAGCCUCAGCAAGGAAUGUUCCCCCAGCAGCAGGGGCCUGGAGGCAUGUAUCCUGGCAUGCAGCAAGGUAUGAAUCAGAAUUAUGGUGGUUAUGGUGGGCAGCCAGGUCCAGGGCCUGGUGCCCAAAUGGUAGCCCAGCAGCAGAUGCUGAGUCAGCAGGGCCAGCCCAUGCUGGGUGGCUUUCCUGGGCAGCAGGGUGCACCUGGGCCUGGUCCUGGAGGGUUUGUCCCUCAGCAGCAGGGCCCUCCUGGAUUGUUGGGCACAGCGGGCUUGCCCCAAGGGCAGAGGCCCACUGACUACAUGGGUGGGCCUCAAGGGGCUCUAGCCCAACAACAGCAGCAACAGCAGCAGAGAGCCUUAGCUCAGCAAGGCUCUCGCCCACCUUAUAUGCAGGCUCCUAACGUGACGAUGACUGGCAUGGGAGGGCCGAUGCCACAGCAAGGCCAGGCGCAGGGACAGCCCACUCCCCCAUAUGGCCGUCCAGGGGCUGGCGCAGGCCCAGGCGCUGGCCAGGGUCCUCCCACCUCUCACCCCCAACAGCAGCAGCAACAAACCCAGCAGCAGUUCCAGCAAGCAGUGAGCCAGAGAAUGCGACAGCAAAUGAUGAUGGUCCAACAGCAGCAACAACAGCAGCAGCAACAACAGCAGCAACAGCAGCAACAACAACCCCAGCAGCAACAACAACAGCAACAAGCUGCCAAUCAGCAAGCAGGUGCAGGGCCAGCGAUGGUUGCUCAUCUUCAAAGGCAGCUCACACAGGGCGGUCAGCAACCUGGUCAGCAACAUAAUCCCUAUCCUCCAUAUUGACCAUGAUAUAUCAUCUUUCUACUGCACUCUUUUCUUUCUAAGAAUUCCUUCCUUGUUUUCCAUACAAAGAGGCAAUAGCAAACGUGUAUUGACUGCUGGUGUGAGACAAUCUGAUAUGAUAUAAUAGAUGCAUAACUUGUAUAGAAGGCACAGUGAUCUACUGUGGUUACACAGUAUUUGAAAAGUGCAUUUACCAUACCCUUCAUGUGUUCCUGAUUAGUGAUAUAUAGGUGGGUAAUUGCUUGGAAAUUUUUCUUUAAUUUAAAAAACAUCAUAAUUACGCUGUCUUAUGCUUACUUUUACCUAUCUCCUUUUUCUGUCAAUGCCUUCACAAACCUUUUUUUUUUUUUUGUUCACUAAAAUCAAGUAGCAAAAGAGAAGAGUACAAAUUUGUUCGAAUGUUGUGUCCAGAGCUGUACAAUAUAUUUUAAUAUUAAUCAGGCCUGAAAGUAUGAAUAUGGAAACAGAUUAGGCAGUGAUGUUCUCUGUUGUAGAGUUAAAUAUUGUCUUUGCUAUUCUUAAUCAGAAUUUUAUAUAUAUAUAUAUAAUGUGUGUAUAUUGAAAAUCACUUUUAAACCAUGGCCAAUCAGUUAUUGAUGUCAUGAAUUAUGUCUGUGAUGACCAAUGACUAAACCUAUGUACAGAAUAUUUAUGUCCAUGUAUAGAUGCAUUUUAUCAUUUGGACCAGUUGGUCAUAAGAUAUUCCAUUACAUAUUUGAUAUUUCCAUGAAUAUAUUUAAACAGAAUGUAAAAAAUAAGUGCAUUAAAUACAUGAAGACCAAGAAUAAAAGUUACUUUAAUGCAUAUCUGUUGAUGCUUGUGGGCUAAGAUUAGGGUGAAGUGCUGUCACUAAGUCAGAAACAUGCAAGAAUCAUUAAAAUGGAUUACUUGCAUUCUCUUAUUCUUUACUAUGUGUAUAGUAAUUUAAAAAAUGCUGUUUGGUCAAGCUUAUUAGAAAGCUACUAUACAAUUUUCAUGUAAAAUAAUCAUAAGCUAAAUUAUGUUGGACGUACUGUCAGGAAUCUCAGAAGUGUAACCAGAGAUAUGUUGCAACUGGCAUAUUAUAUCCCAGCACUCUGGUUGUGCUGCAAUCUGGAGUGCAUUGUGCGCCGCUUUGUCGCAUUCUGGUCUGUGCCUGAUAAAUAUCACUGAGGCUCUUUGCCCAGUAUAAAUGCAUGUCAUGAUUGCUACAGCAACUGUCAAAUGCUUAGAACUCCAAGAUCUGACACCGUAAGUGAUGAUGUUUGACAAUGACUUUGAAAUACAGGUUAUAGUCAGUAGCAGUAGUUUUUUAAAAAUAUCUUUAAUUUAAAUUUAUUUUCAUGAUUUAUAUGAUAAUGUUUAGUGAUGUGGCACUUCAGUCUUAAUCUUUACCGGCAAGCUGCCAGUCUCAUAUGUAUCAUAAAAUAAUAGUCACCUUCCAGAUGAGUCGUCAAAACCUUCUGUAGGCAUACACAGUCUAAAACAAGCAGGGUUGGCCCAGCACAUUUCUGGACCCCCUAUAUGUUUAAGUUUUUUUAUUUACAUAUAAUG